UCGAUCGGCCACGCUUGGGUCCUGACAUCGGCUUUUCUUUCACUGCAGUUGCAACAGCUGCAAGGCCACGACAACAAAUUUGGGCGUAUUCCUCAAUCUUCAGAGACUGUUAGCUUGAUCGGUCUACUCGCAGCUGAUCUGGUCUCGAAGGUUCACGAAACGUCCUGGGGGUUUCGGCGAAUUCAUCUUGCCCAUCCGUGUUUCUCGCCAUCAACAACGAACGUAGUCGUCGCGAACCAGCCUCUCUAGCGGUGGCUCUAAUCAGCCUCAAUUACCUCAACCCUGGGUCUGAACUACUGCGACGCGUCUUUCAAGGCCCCAGAGAUCAUCAGUUGCAAGCUGUCAAGUGUUGCAAGCACGUACAGGCCGUCGACACUGCACGCUCCUGAUAUCACUUUCAGACUUCGAUAUGUCAUCCCUUUUCCGACUUGCUGGAAAGGUUCGCCCAAGCACAGCCCUGGGGAGAUCGCUCUCCGCCAGCUUCUUCAGUACAGCUUCACCAAAGAGACCACUACCCCCCAACUUCUUCAGACAGCCAUCUCAGUCGCUGGUCUCCAGACUACGGCAGGCUCGCUUCUACUCCAAAGGAUUUGGCCAUGAGCGUCGUUAUGCCGCAAAUAUGCUUCUCCUGAAGGGCCUCAUGGGCAUCAAUGUCGCUGUUUACGGGUACAGCAUCUACGUCACGGCACAGGCCAGACAAGGCCAUAUGGAGAACUUCAAGAGGUAUUAUCAGAACAUGUCCAUGAGCCUGAGGGAUGUGAAGAAUGGCUAUUAUUGGCAGACCAUUUCCUGCAUAUUCGCGCAUGAAGGUUUGCUGCACGUGGGGUUCAACAUGUUCACGUUCUAUUCACUUGGCGGGGCGCUUGCUGCAUUACCAGUGACGCCCGGUCAAUUCAUGCUCAUCAUCUUUGGAUCUGGGUUAGCAGGCUCACUUUUCUGGCUGAGCCAGGAGCAAAUGAAGGAGCGGACGGGCAGACCUAGUCAUCAGCGAGCACUGGGCUUCUCUGGCGCAUUGGUCGGUGCCGUCACUGUGGUUGCGUGCUUCAUGCCUAGGAACCAGGUCCAGCUUUUCGGCGUGGUACCUAUGCCUCUUUGGCUAUUGACUGUUGGAUAUGCAGUGUACGAUGGCUAUUACCUGAACGACGAAAACUCUAGGAUUGGACACGCUGGACAUCUUGGCGGAUUGGGGUUCGGUUUGGCGUACUACUUCCUCAAGCUGAGGGGACUGCGAUACCCAGGAAGCCUUUGAGGCUUCAUCAGCAUUCGGGCGCAUACUGUACAAGUAAUUAUAGGAUAUAAUAGAAAGGUAAUAGAUCUGUUCCACCGAUAUAAUGACAUUCAAUGUGUCGCGGUGCGUGCAGCGAGAGAUCUGGGUUGUGGAAGCAUCUAGUCACGUGGACUUUGAUCUCU